UCGAAAAGCCAUGGCAGAUAAGAAAAAGAAGGUGAAAAAUGGAUGUAUAGGCUCCAUUUUCAUGCACGCCGAUGGUGUAGAUGUGGUUGAUGGGUGCAGGCUUCAUUGGUGGUGUUGCAGAUGGCAGUGUAGCACCAUUGAUAAUAUAUUUGAUUGGCCGAAUGUUUUACAAUAUUGGUUUGGUGGGGCUAGUUCAGCUUCAGCUGCUGGUAUGCUCACCCACAACGUUCACCAGGUUGAUCUAUAUUUGGUUUUGACUGCCUGUGGGAGGUGGGUUGGUUCUCUCCUAGGUGAUUUUAAAGUUCAUAUAUCCAAGCCCCAACGCUUGUUUCUUUACUUGGGUGAUUCUAAGUAAAGAGAUUAAAAUCCUUGUAUUAUUUCUUUCCAUUUUUUAAUUUUCAGACGGAUUUUGUUGGACAAGAACAGGUGACAGACAAGCCACAAGAAUGAGGACAAGGUAUUUGAAAGCUGUUCUAAGACAAGAAGUAGGCUACUUUGAUUUGAAUAUGACAAACACAGCUGAAGUAGUCACAGGCAUUGCCAAUGACUGUUUCACUAUUCAAGAAGUUAUAAGUGAGAAGGUUGUAAAUGCUUCUAACAUAUAUCUAUAUAUUUGUGUAUAGAAGGUUGCUUUGAUUGACCUUUUUUGUUAUGUCAGGUCCCGACUUUAAUAACAAGA